GAUCCACUGGCGCCAAAACUGGUGGCAUUUAAUUCCAGGGGCUUUCCGCAAGAACCCUAAAAAGGCUUUAUUUACCUGAGAAAGGAGAGUUGGACACGCGAUGGGCAAGCUGCCGGAUUUCCUCCAGUCCGUGAGGCUCAAGUACGUCAAGCUCGGGUAUGCGUAUCUAAUCUCUCGCGCCGCAGUGCUCGCGAUCACGGUCCCCCUCCUGGUCGCGGCGGCCAGCGAAAUCUCGCGGCUUUGGAUCGAGGACAUCAUCUGGAUGCUGUGGGAGCACUUCCGCUACAAUCUCCUCAGCCUCUCGCUCUCCUCGGCGGCGCUGGCGUUUGUGGCAACGAUCUACGCCACGACGCGGCCGGCGCCAGUGCUCUUGAUGGAUUUCGCGUGCUACCGCCCCGACGACGACCGCAGGUGCUCCAGGGAGCGAUUCAUGAGGCACUCCCGGCAUUCGGGGGCUUUCAACGAGGAAUCGCUCAGCUUCCAGGCCAAGAUCCUGGAGAAGUGCGGGAUUGGGGAGGAAUCCUACGUGCCGCGCUCCCUCACCAGCGAUCCCUUCAACAAGUCCAUGGAGGAGGCACGGUUCGAGACGGAGAGCGUCAUGUUUGGCGCGCUGGACGAGCUCUUCUCGCGAUCCGGCGUCCGGCCAAAGGACAUUGGCAUCCUCAUCGUCAACUGUAGCCUCUUCAAUCCCACGCCAUCGCUUUCGGCCAUGAUCGUCAAUCAUUACAAGAUGCGUGGCAACAUCCAGAGCUACAACCUGGGUGGCAUGGGCUGUAGCGCCGGGGUCAUCUCCAUCGAUCUGGCCAAGGAUUUGCUCCAGGUCCACCGCAGCACGUACGCGAUCGUGGUGAGCACCGAGAACAUCACGCGCAACUGGUUCCUGGGCAACGACCGCUCGAUGCUCGUCACGAACUGCCUCUUCCGGAUGGGCGGCGCCGCCAUCCUGCUCUCCAACAAGCGAUCCGCCCGCCGCGCCGCGAGGUACGAGCUCGUCCACACGGUGAGAACCCACAAGGGAGCCGACGAUCGCUGCUUCCAGUGCGUGUUUCAGCAGGAGGACGAGAAUGGGAUGGUGGGAGUGUCGCUGUCGAGAGAUGUCAUGGCCGUGGCUGGCGAGGCGCUCAAGACCAACAUCACGACGCUGGGGCCGCUGGUUCUGCCGCUGCCCGAGCAGAUUAUGUUCUUCUUCACGCUGGUGGCGAGGAGGUUUCUCAAGAUCCAAGUCCGGCCUUACAUCCCCGACUUCAAGAAGGCGUUUGAGCACUUCUGCAUCCACGCCGGGGGUAGGGGCGUGCUGGACGACUUGCAGAAGAACCUGGGGCUCACCGACUGGCAUAUGGAGCCGUCACGGAUGACGCUCUAUCGUUGGGGUAACACUUCGUCGAGCUCGCUGUGGUACGAGCUGGCCUACUGCGAGGCCAUGGGGCGGAUCAAAAGGGGCGACCGGGUCUGGCAGAUCGCGUUUGGGUCGGGGUUUAAGUGCAACAGCGCGGUGUGGAGGGCUCGGGUGACGGUGGAUGGCCACAAGGUUAGGAACGCAUGGUCUGAGUUUGAUGUUCUUCCUUGAGGAGGUUGUUUUUGGAAGUUAUUUAUAGAUUAGAAAAAUUAUAUAUCUAUAAAUAAUUUUGCUUUCAAAAGGUUAUGUGAAAAAAGACCAUAAUAUAAAACUUAAUUUGUUUGUGCCAAA